GAGAAUAUAUUUUCUAAAUAUAUUUUUGUAGAUUCUUCCAGAAGCAAAUAUAAUAAAUAUUCAAGAAUAUGGUGAUUCGGAUAUUAUUUUCCACUACUUGUGAAGAGCUGAUGAUGGUCUAAGGUCAAGUACUAAUCAUUUUCGGUUUUGUUAAGAUCGUUUUGGGGGAGGCCUUCGUCCAGCUGUCAGUCGAGAGAUGAAAUGUCGGGGACGAAGGCUAAAGUCGUGCUGCUGCUGUGUAGACUUGCGAGCGGGAUGUUUCUUCCUGGCGAUCUUUGAAAUGUUUACGGCGGUCCUUGGCUUAAUGGUGGGCGAAGGGAGUCGUCUACUUUUGAUCGGUCGUUUUGCCUAUAUGCUGCAUUUAAUUGGGUCCCUUUUUCUGCUGAUGAGCUGUUUCUGGCAGAUCGAAAUCCUGGUGGUCAUCUAUCUGGGAGCGAAUAUCUUUCACCUGAUCUUCUGCACUGCCUUUCUCAUUGACUAUGCUUUGAGUUGCCAUUUUUGCGUAUUCGAAGUCAUCCCUUCCUGUGUGACAUUAGUUUCCAGCAUUUACUUCUGGAUGGUGGCAUUUGCCUACUUGCGACGCCUUCAAUGGAUGCACAAUCCCGAGAUCGACGACUAGGACUAUAGUUUUCUCUAUAUUCUUCUAGACUGUAUUUACAUUAGCUCUAUUUUCUAUUUGGUUUUGGCCUUAAUUUCACACUAAUUUGUACAUUUUUGCCUUUAAUGUCAAAAGACAAAGAAAACAACAAACGAAAAUUGCAGACAAAAGAGCAAAGUUCCGCAAA